AUGAUCUAUCCAAAGAAUUAUGCGCUCUUUUGGGCUAGUCUUCUUUCAAAGCCUAACGUCAAGUUUAUGGCAGGUCAAAACCAGACUCAACAGGGACCCGACCCAGCAGUUAAGGCAAGCGAUAUCAAGUCAGACUUGACCGCAGGCCAGGGCCGCCCGGAAUGGAUCUUCUCUGCAUACGCGCCUCACAAAGAUGUUGCGCGACAGCUGUUCGGUGGUGCUCACCGCGAGCGGAGUACCGAAGAGAUGCGUCUGCGCCAUUAUGAAUUAGCAGCCGCCGGCAACCUGAACGAGGCAGUUCAAGAAGCCUCGGCUCUUUGGCAAGAGUGCGUGCAACAGAUGGAGGUCUCGCUAAAUGACCUGAAUGGUGCCGUCAAAUAUGUCAACGAUGGCAGGAAUGAACACCCCAAUCGAAUCGACAUCAUCGAGGGAAAGACCCAGAGUGUGAACCAAGCUUCAGCACCAUUUAGCCAAUCGUCUCCAUUCGGCCAGCAAAAUGUCGCCCCUACACCGAACACAGCUCCUGCGCCUGGAGCGUUCGGCGCUCCUUCGUCGACUUUUGGCCAGCCUUCAGGCUUUGGCCAGUCCGGUGGAUUUGGCAGGGCUUCAGCGCCCGCGCAGCCGGCUGGGAUGGGCCAGUCUGCGGCCUUCGGACAGACUUCUGCCUUAGGUGGUUCCACCUUCGGUCAAACCUCCACACUAGGAGGGCCAUCCGCCUUCAACAAAACACCUUUUGGCCAACCAGCUCUUUCUCAGCCAGGAGGUAAUUCAAAUCCAUUCGGUAAGCCGAUCGCCCCAGGAGGUGCCGCUCCAUUCGGUGCUCCAUCUGUCGCGUCUCCCUUCACCCAAGUCGCUCAGAACCAAUCUGGCCCGUCACCUUUCGGACAGAAUGCUGGCCAAUCCGCCCCGUCGCCAUUUGGCCAACCAGCUGUCAACCCGAGCCCAUUCAGUCAGCCCUCCGCCUCGGUAGGUGCCACUCCAUUCGGUCAACCCUCGGCUCCGGCAGGCGCCGCUCCAUUCGGUCAACCUUCAGCUCCGGCAGGCGCCGCUCCAUUUGGUCAACCCUCAGCUCCGGCAGGCGCCGCUCCAUUCGGCGCUCCAUCUACCGCUUCUCCCUUCACUCAAGUAUCUCAAAACCAACCUGCUGCCGGUGGAUUUGGCCAGAGUGCUGUACAACCUGCUCCGUCUCCCUUCGGCCAGCCUGCAGUCCAAGGUGUGCCAGUGCAGAACGCCAACGCCGGGCCGCGGGCAUACAUCAAAAUUGACAACCCUCAAGACAUCAACCCUCUUCCACAGCUGGAGGGUGAAACUCGACAUAAUCCAGCCACCAAGCAACUAGUGAUGUGGAAGGGCCGGCCCGUCAAGUAUAUCAAUGAGCACCCGUGCUACCUCCACCCACAAGACAACAAAACCUUUAUACGAAUCCAUUUUCCUAAUGGGCCACCUGAUCCAGCUAGUUUGAAAGACGCACACGGCAAGCCUGAUGAUUACACGCCAGAGAUUGUUGAGGCAUAUCAAUUUUUCCUCAAGAAUGGCUACUUCAAGGAUGGUAACAUUCCUGCAGUACCUCCCAAGCAGGAGUGGCUCAGUUUCGACUUUUAA